CUAAAAACAUACAAAUAUUUAAUGUUUAUACGAAGUAUAGCUGGAACUUAAAACAAAAAUGGCUGGCGGUAUGUUAGCUUAGGAGUUUAGCAAUCGCGUCCGCGAGACGACGACGGUUUGUCGAGGCUGCGGACGACGUGCGUGCUGCAGUUGUCGAUCUCGACGCCGUCUCGCCACGAACGGGAGAAUAUCUUGGCGGCGCCUCACUCGGUCUUGGCGGUGGCUGCUGCUCGGUGCUCGGUCCCGUGAAUGCAUCGCUUCCACCGACACAGUCCGACUCGCAGCUGCAAAAACGGCUAACACCGGCUGUCGAAGCGGCUUUUUUUAAGGCUGUAUGGUCCAGAGCUGAUCCCCCGAAGUAGCUACAACCAUGGGCGUGGAAGUCGAGACAAUAUCUCCCGGCGACGGAAGAACAUUUCCAAAGAAGGGCCAGACAUGUGUUGUUCAUUACAUAGGUAUGCUGCAGAAUGGGAAGAAGUUUGACUCCUCUCGAGACAGGAACAAGCCCUUUAAGUUCAAACUCGGGAAGAGCGAGGUCAUUAAGGGCUGGGAGGAAGGAGUAGGACAGAUGAGCCUGGGCCAGAGGGCGAAAAUCACCUGCACGCCAGAUAUGGCUUAUGGAGCGACAGGCCACCCCGGGGUCAUCCCUCCAAAUGCCACGCUUAUAUUCGAUGUGGAACUGCUUAAGAUAGAGUGAUGCCCGGGGCUAAACGCAAAGGUUAAUGGUUAAUGAAGCUGCAAUCUCGCCACAACCUGUUUCCACGGGGAGACCAUACUCCGGCCUGCUGCCUCCCACCAUCCACCCACUCUUGUUCUUCUUUAUGAUUUCUACAGUCAUCUUUAGUUCAGUAUUUAAACGUAUUCUACUGCUGCUUUGUUGCCAUCUUGUCGUAAUAGAAAUUGCAAGGAAGUUUUCACAUGGAGCUUUUAUUUUUUCACACACACACACACAAGUUUGGGUUUUUUCUCCUGUAAGUCAGAGGUGCUGUUUUUGUUUUGAUUUCAUUUAAAAGUUGUAAAUUUUGUUUAAAAAAAAAAAAAAAAAACACGAGGAAAUCAGUCAUCUGAUGAAAAGCCGUACUACAUUGCAAUCAAGAUAUACUACUGCCUUACAGUUUUAACAACAGUGGGAGGGUACAAAUGAUGAAAAAGUACAUAACUUCUGCUCUGUAUCACAACUGGGCAUUAAAUACCACUGUCUGCAUUGCCACUUUGAUAAAGGUUUGUCCUGCUGAAUGCUCUGAAUGAUGUUGCUAUAUUUAGUAUAUUUUAUAUCCCUCAUAAACAUUUACUGCAAGUGUACGCUAACCAGUCGAACGCUAUCCAGUACUAUACAGAACCCUGUAAGAGCCAUUGCUUCUAUGACAGUUUAUCGACCAAGUCUUCAAUAAAGAAAAAAUGGCAUGUACUGUGUUGACACAU